AUGAGCUUUUCAUCACCUGUUGACGAUGAUACUGCUGCGAAUACUCAGUCUACGGAAAUCGACAAUUUAAACCCAGUUGUUGACGAAGUAGAAAUAUCACCCAAAGAUUUAGACGAUGAAUCCAAGAUUAACGUACGUAUAAACAAAGCAUCAGGCCAUUAUGAAGAAGGAAUAAUGGUGGCACAAGGUGUAUCGGCACGUAACAAAAUGUCUGAAGAUCCAGAAGCAACUAAAUUUGAAACUACUGAAACUAUUGAUAAGUACCCUGAUCAAGUACGACAACAAGAAAUUCCAAAUGUGGGGGGAGAGAUUAAACUGAAUCACAUCCAAAGUACGACAAGUGAAUCCACCACAACUAAGGGGAGUAUGACUCCAGUGCCCCAGUACUUUGAACAACAGGAGCUGGUGAAACACGAAGUUUUUCCAAACAGACACGAUGGAUUAUGA